AGUCCCAAUCCCAAGUCACGUCAGAUAUAUAUAUUUUCUCUCUCUCUCUCUGAUCACCGAAGCUCAUAAAGCCCUCCAAAUUUUCCCCCAAUUUUCCAUCACAGCAAAGCAAAAGAAGAGAAAAAUGGCGGACAAUUCAUCGUCUUCACCAAAACCAAUUCAACAACCCAAUGCAAUCGAAUCAUCAAUCUCUCAAAACCCAGGAAACCCAUCUCAAUCUCCAUCAAUCGAUAUCCCUCAAAUCGCAUCCCCGUCUCUCUCUCAAAACCCCCAAACCCCAUCUCAACAACAGCAAAUCGCAUCAUCACAAAGCUCUCAACACCAGCAGCAAUUGUUACUGCAACAAUUUCAACAGCAACAUCAGCAGCAACAGCAACAACAGCAACAACAGCAGAGUAAUUUGAUGGAUUCAUCGAAUUUCCAGAUUCAGCAGAGCAUGCAGAGGUUGCCAUCGAUUUCGAGGUUGAAUCAGAUGCAGCAGCAACAGCAACAGCAACAGCAACAACAAAGCUAUGGUGCGAUGCGGCAGCAACAGGGGAUUUAUGGGCAGCAGAUGAAUUUUGGUGGUGGUUCGAUUUCUCAACAACAACAGCAACAGCAACAACAGCAACAGAAUCAGCAGAUGGGUAAUGGUAAUCUGGGUCGGUCGGCAUUGAUAGGUCAGACUAGCCACCUCUCCAUGUUGCCUAGCCAAGCUGCCCAGUUGAAUUUGCAAUCGCAGUUGUUAGCUUCGCCAGGACAGAAAACAGGGUUUGUUCAAGGAUCGCAGUUCCAUCCUGGUAGUUCGCCGGGGCAACCUCUGCAAGGGAUGCAAGGAAUGGGAAUGGGAUCUCUCAACUUGAGCUCUCAAAUUAGAGCAAAUGGGUCCCUUGCAUAUGCCCCACAACAACGGAUAAACCAGGUGCAAAUGAGACAGCAAUUAUCCCAACAAAAUCCCCUCUCCUCAAGUCAGAAACUACAGGCACAAAGUCAACUGAGAACGUCAUUUAUAAACCCCCAGUUAUCUGGGUUGACUCAGAAUGGACAGGCAGGUUUGAUGCAGGGCUCCUUGUCACAGCAACAAUGGUUGAAGCAAAUGUCAGCAAUGUCUAGUCCAAACUCUCCUUCAUAUCGACUUCAAUCUCAGAGGCAGCAGCAAGUACUUUUGCAUAAUCAGUUGGCUUCUUCUCCUCAAUUGCAGCAAACGUCUAUGUCAUUGAACCCACAGCAGUUCUCCCAACUUGUACAGCAGCAUCAAUCAAUUUUGCACCCACAGCUCCAUCAGCAGCAACAGCAGCCUCAGCCGCAGCCGCAGCCACAGCCGCACCAGCAACAGCACCACCACCUCCAACAGCAACAGCUUUUGAAUCAGCAGCAGUCUCCCAGGAUGGCAGUGCCUCCUGGCCAAAAGUCUCUAAGUUUGACGGGAUCGCAGCCAGAUGCUACAGCAUCUGGGACAACUACUCCAGGGGGGAGCUCAAGCCUAGGAACAGAGGCAAGCAAUCAACUUCUUGGGAAGAGAAAGAUACAGGAUUUGGUUUCACAGGUGGAUCCACGAGGAAAGCUGGAUCCUGAAGUUGAAGAUCUUCUUUUGGAGAUUGCUGAUGACUUCAUUGAUUCGGUUACUACAUUUGCAUGUAGUUUGGCAAAGCAUCGGAACUCUUCGAUUGUAGAGGCCAAAGAUGUGCUGCUUCACCUUGAGAAAAACUUGCAUUUGACCAUUCCUGGUUUCUCAAGUGAAGAGAGGAAAAACCAACAGAACCAUUCAUCAACUGAUCUCCACAAGAAGCGUCUUGAUAUGAUACACUCAGUGAUGGAGCCCUCACAAUCGGAAACAAAUGUGAACAAUGGUAAGGAGGUAGCUAGACAGGGGCUCAUCAACCCAGUUGGCACCAACCACCUGAUAAGACCUUCCCCGAGUUCAGAUCAGUUGGAUUCACAGUCAAAUGCUUCUCAAAUGCUGCAACAACAAAUAACUAGGUGUUAGACCAAACCCUUGAUUUGGUCUCCUGGACCUUCUUGGUUGGGCUAUUGUAAAUAUUUUAUCAUGUUGAUAGUGCCAUGGAAGAUGUGUUAUGGAACCAGUGAGACCGUGUCUUAAAGUUUGGCAGCAGUGUCGGAGCUUGAGAUCGACUCCUUCCCAAUACUCUCUCCGUAGCAGCACAGUAUGGGUACCAGAGUCAUCCAGAUCUUUCUCUCUUCUUUCGUUUCCUUUUCUUGGAGGCUUCCAGUUUGAAUAAAAUCUUGGAAUGAUCAGGAUAUCCUACCUUUUUUUUUUUUGUGUGGUAAAUUUGGUUUGAUUAGUAAGAAGUAUUUUGAUGGUGGGUUGUGUUGCUAUAAAUAUUUAAAGUAGUUUCCUGUGUAGGAGUUUGGUUUUUGUAGCUCAACAAACUUCUAAAUGGAGAGAUUUGAGCUGAAAUUGACCCCUGGAAUUGAACAGGUUUUUUGAGGGGUUAGUUUGGAUUUUGUGAAAUAGUCUUCGUGUCAUGUAUUGUCAUUUAUUUUAUUUUAUUUUUAUUUUUGUUUUUGGCCUUA